AUGGAUCCCCCAAAGGUUUCUUCAAAAGGCUUGCGUGGCCUGCAGCAGGGCGAUCCUCUUUUCCCACCUUUGUUCCUCAUUGUUGGAGAGGCCCUUUCCAGAAUGUUGAAUAAAGGAGAAGAGGAAGAUUCUGUGUUGGUGGAUAAUUUACAUUUCGUCAUUCGUUGCUUUGAGGUGGUGUCGGGUUUGAAGGUAAAUCUGACCAAAUCCAAAUUAUGCGGUAUCAAUAUAGAGCCCAAGGAGGUUUCAGAUUUUGCUCAAAAGAUGGGCUGCGCAGCGGCCUCCUUCCUUUCUUCCUUUGUUGGCCUCCCUCUAUGUACGGGUGUGCCCCCUAAAUCUGCGUGGGACAAGGUGAUAAAUCGUUUCGAAUCCUAUCUAACCAAAUGGAAGUGUCGUUUUCUCUCGAGAGGUGGGCGUCUAACUCUCAUAAAGGCGGCCCUGUCCAAUCUGCCUGUGCACCUCAUGUCCCUUUUCAGAUGCCCUCCUAGUAAAUUGAAGUCAAUCGAUAAGCUGAUGCGGGAUUUCUUCUGGAACGACAAAUCUGAUUAA